GCAACAAAAUGGCGGUCGUUGCAUCGCGCUUCGACCCAGCGCUCGAAUUUAAUCGAUCAGAAGCAGAACUGCAAGAUCAUGUACUGGACAUCUAUGGUACUAGAGAACAUGAAGUUGAUUUAUUCAGACCAAAUAUUGCUGAUCAACACAAGGUGGGCUUCUUCACUUUGGACAGAUGUUCUCAAACAGAGGUCACAGAGGUUGUCGACCUCAAAGAAAUGACCGAGGUCCUACAGAUCUUACUACAGGAUGUGACAAAUCUUCGUCGGGACAUCAAUCUGACUAAGCAUGUUAUGCAGGCAGACUAUGAGAAAAAACUACAGGAAAAAAGCUUGGAAUUAUACGUAAGAAUAAAUGAAAAAGUGAAAGAACUGGAGAGAAUUCAUGAAGAUAGAGUGUCUACAGUGAGACGAGCCUUCAGACAGCAGUUGUCAGACGCCAUUGCUAGAGUCGCUGUUCUGUACAAUAAAAACUUGGAGUCAAAGAUCAAGAAAGAGAGAAAAAAGCAGGAAGAAGGCCAGGGUAAACAUGACGAGAAAUACAAAGAGAUGCAGGCCACCAUUCAGCGUAAUGAAACAGUCAUACAGAUGUUGAAGAUGCAGCUGGCACAGUUCCAACAGAGGCGCAAUAGUGAAGUAGAAAGUCCGGAUAUUUCCUCUGAUCGGCCGUCCAAUACAACAGCUGCCUCCCCGGUCCCUUCACUGGAAAAGAAGAAAAAGAAGGAGCCAUCACCCACCAAAGAACCCCCUCCCCCCAAACCUAAAUCUCCCUCCCCUCCCCCUCCCCCUCCUCCUGCUCCUCCUUCCAAGCCACCCCCAAAACAAGCCAACAAGAUGCCCCCUGUGGUUGAGGAGCUCUCUGUGAAAUCUAAAUCUCCCAGUGUUAAUGAGGAGUUUGAGGCCCUGAAGGAGGAGUGUGAUGGUUUACAUAAGAGGGUGGAUCGCCUCGAGGAGGCCCUAGAUAUAAAGGAAAACGAGAAUGUUAACCUAAUGGAACAAAUCAGUCAGUUAAAUUCCAACUUGGAGAAGGAAAGAAUCAUGGUGGAUCAGCUAAAAUAUGAAGCAGAAGAAACCAAAAAACUUGCUGAAAAAGAGAAGCAGUCUUCAAAAUCUCAGGCAGAGGCUCUGUUAGCUAAACAGAAACAGGAAAUGCAGAGGAUGAUGGAGGAACAAAUCAGAAGAGCCAAAGAGGAGGCAGAAAAUGCCAGACAAGAGGAAGCCAAGUCAUUAAAGGAUGCUGAGAGUAGCAAACUGAAGUUACUGAUGGAUCAAAAGAAACUUCUGGAACAGGAGUUAAUGCAGGAGAGAAAAAAGAACUCUGUGAAAACCCAUGAAGAAGUGGAUGUUGAGAAAUAUAAAAGACUGGAACAGAAGCUCAGAGAUGAAAUAGCAAGACUUAAAAAAGAAAUUGAAAGGAUACAUCGCACAUGGGAGAAGAAGUUUGCAAUUUUACAGCAAAGUUUACAUGCCCUGAAGGAUGAGAGUUACAUCAGACAGACUCUACAGAGACAAGCUGCCUCCCUCCAUCACGCUGCAGUCAGUUACGCUGUGGACACACCUGCAGGAAUUCUUCCUCAGAGGCAGCCAUCUUAUCCCAGGAAACCUGUAAUUCCGGAUAUCCCAAAGAAGCCCCAACCAUCUAACACUCCGGCUAUGAAUGUUAACGCCUCUGCUCAGGGAAUGGUCAUGCCAGACAAGGAUUAUAUAUCUUAUACCGUGUCAGCUCCCAGUGGACGGGGCACUGCCAUGUUGUCUGUAGACGAAAAUCAAGUGAUGUCUGAUGGAGAACAAAUGCCAGAGGAUACAGAUCAUAUCCCCCCUCCUCCAACAAGGCGACGAGAUAGUCCUGGUGACACCCAGAGUAAAAUGGAUGAUGGACUUUUUUCCUCUCAGUCACAACCAAUGGUAACCCCGACAACAACUGGCCAAUAGAAAUAGGUGUUACAAAAUAUUGGUAACAAUUAAAGAGCCAACCAAAUAUUAUGUUACAGGAGGAUUGAUGUUAUUGAUCUAAUUGUCUAGUUCUACUUAAAGGCAAAGAUAAAACUUUGAAAUAACAGUUUGACAUAUAAAUUAUCAAUUGAAAUCUUGUGAAGGUUAGUUUUAAAGCUGUUUUUAUAGUUUGGUUUCAUGUUGAAGCUAAAUCAAAAGGCCUCCUUUGGAUAAAUUUUGUUUGUUUUGAGUGAAUGGUGUAAAUGUGUGUGUAAUACAGAAAUAGAUUUGAGAAUGUGAGAUGAUACAGUGUAUCAUAUAAGAAUGUGAGAUGAUACAGUAUAUCAUAUAAGAAUGUGAGAUGGUGCAGUGUAUGAUAUAAGAAUGUGAGAUGAUACAGUAUAUCAUAUAAGAAUGUGAGAUGGUGCAGUGUAUGAUAUAAGAAUGUGAGAUGAUACAAUAUACAUGUAUUAUAUUAAGAAUGUGAGGCUGGUGUAACUUAAGUUUGUAUGUGAGAAAAGUGUUGUACAUGUAUGUCAAUAAUGUACAAUGUAUAAUGUCAGAUUGAUUGAAAUGAAAUUUUAAAUGAGAUGGUAUGUUUUGUUUUAGAUACUCAAACAAAGUAUUUUUAAUUGAUGUUACUUUUUCUAAUGAUACUGCUGAUUUUUGUUUACUAUAACUGCUGUGUGGUGGAUUUACUGUGAUAUAACUUUGACAUUUAUUUAUAUAAACAAU